AUGAAUGGAGCGCAUUCGCGUCGCAUUGCAUGCAAGUUAUGCAGGGAUCGAAAAGUUCGCUGUGGAGGAGAACAGCCAGCAUGCGAGAAGUGCAGACGAGCUGGUGAGGAAUGCGUGUAUCUCUCAACUCAAAGGCCGACCAAGGCCGACCUACUCCAAACAGUAGAGGACUUACAAAAACGCCUAGACGAAGCAGAAGCACACAUUGCUAAAAUGAGCGCUUCGAUAAAUGCCGUUGCUCUAACUGAUAUGGACCGAUUACACCAACAACAUAGUCUGCUCUCAUCUGUGCCGUUGACCAAUGGCUUCAUAGAGCCAUUACAAACAGCCAUGUCCCAACAACAAAGCGGCUUGAGUCAAUUCCGAGUGGACGGGGACAUGAUGCUCGAUAGCUCGGAUAAUGGCUUUAACACACGAAGCGAACCCUUUAUCCAAGGGGGAGACAGCCAGCUCUGGCACGCGGACAUGCGCAAUUGGCCCUGGUCUUCACCUGUACCAACACGCGAUACCGACGAGGCAGCAAGAGUAAGCGAAGAAACUGGCGCCGCGAUUCUUGACACUGUUGCCAAGUUUUCCUCAGCAGUGUUCCGCAGCCAGGCUGACGCGUGUGGCAUGGCCACCUCCGUCGCCGACUACAUCGCCUGGCUUCGCAAUGCGCCGCAAGGCGGUAACGGCAUGACGAAUAAAGAUCCGAUAUAUAUGGCCCUUCUAGGCACACUUGAGACUCGACUACGAGAGUUGUGCGAAGUUAGCCAGUCGAGUAAUAGGAGCGCUUUACGAGAGCUGGUAACAUCCCUCGAGGUGAUUGCUCCGCCAGGCAGAGCCACGGCUAUCAGGCUAGCCACCAUUGAAGAGGACCUGAAUAAAGAAGUCCAAGAGCGCGCCGACUUCUUCCGCACGCGGUAUACCCCAUGUGCGCUUCUCAAAGAGCAGCAAGCCCGAGAUAGCCCAUAG